AUGUUGGAUUUAUAUAGUGCGGCGAUCGCACAACAUUUUGGCAAUGAUACUGGUAGCAGCUCAGAUCAUACAUGUAAAACAUCAUUUGCAACUGGUGAUGUUGUACUAGGUAUAUUGUUGGCAGUUGGCAUAUUCAUUUCUUUCCUUCCACAGAUAUUUGUAUUGAUACUUAGAAAGAAUGUAGAGGGUCUAUCAGUAAUCAGCUGUUGGUUCAACUUUGCCAAUUGCAUGGGUACAUUCUUGAACAGUCUUUUCCUAAACUGGUUUGUCUUUACAUGCUGUAGCAACUUCUUGACUUCAUGGACGUGCUUUGAGAACUUCAUCCCAGUCGUACAAAUGGCUGUUCCAUUCGUUGUAACUGGUGUCAUCUUCGCACUCUACGUAGUGUACAGACCAAAACUUCCACCUUUAUCAUCGGUCAAUCAAUCGAGUAAUGGUUCACCAACUAGCCCAGCUCCAGAACAUGAGAAGGCGCCAUUGAUUGACAACGAUGUGGAACAACAAAAGGAUGGCAAGGGUGUGCUGCCAGCCGACUCCUUCCUGUUGAAGGAGGGCAACAACAAGAUCGAGCGAUUCUUUAUCAGAAUGGACUGGUACAGUUUGCCCUUCUUCUGGGGCAGCAUUGCAUUCACCAUCAUCUUCUUUGCCAUUGGUGUUGCUCUUAUCUACUCCUAUGGAGACAUCAGCAAUGUUGUCAAAGGUUAUGCCUACGGACUUGGCAUCUUGGCCUCUGUCCUUGUCUUUUUCCAAUGGAUUCCACAAAUUUACACAACCUGGAUUGCUGAUGAGAUUGGAAGUCUCAGUUUGUCUACAUUGCUGAUUCAAAUUCCAGGUGCCAUUUUGAUUUGUUUCAAUCAACUGUCACUUCACCAAUCGUGGACAACUUGGUUCCCUUACUUGGCGACUGCAGUACAAGAGAUCAUUUUGGUGGGCAUCUGUCUCUAUUAUAUCAUUAGAGAUUAUAGAAAGAAGAAACAAGGUUUGCUACCAGUGCCUCAAAGCGAAGAAGAGGCCGAUGCACAGCAGCAACAACAGCAGCAACAGCAACCGAUUGAUUCAAUGGGACCCGACCAUAUCAUUAACAAAUAA